AUGAGGUUCGGUGGACAGCAAAAGUUAGUCUCUUGGAAAAGCUCAUUGGAUCCUGCUCCUGGGCUUUUUGCCCUACACAUGGAUCCGUCUGGUGCAAAACAAUUUGUUCUGACAUGGAACAAUUCUGUACACUAUUGGACGACUGGAACUUGGGACGGCAAAAUUUUCAGUGGAAUUCCAGAAAUUGCAGACAAACAACUUUUCAAUGUCAGCGUUGAAGGUAAUAGCUCUGGUUUGUAUUUCACUUAUAUGUUGGUUCCUAACUUCAAUGCACUCGCAAGGUACGUCGUGACUACGCUCGGACAAGGGCAACAAUCUUCAUUCGAAAGCAGUGGUUGGAGCAUGUUCUGGUCUGUGCCCAGAGAUGCAUGCGACGUAUAUGGUACCUGUGACGAUCGCGCCUGGCUUUCGCAAGAUUGGGCGUCCAGUGGCUGUGUUCGGCAGAGCCCGUUAAACUGCAGCACUGACCGAUUCAUCGACAAUGGUGUAACUUUGCCUGAUGAUGAGGCUUCCUCAUACGCUGCAUCCACAAAGAAAGAUUGCCAGGAAGCCUGCCUCCGCAACUGUUCGUGCACCGCGUUUGCUUUCAAUCCGCCUUCAGGGGCGUGCCAAGUCUGGUCUGGAGAUUUGCUAAACAUGCGCAACUCUACUUCAUCAAAAAUCAAUUCAAAUGUCUUCAUUAGAGUAAGUGCUUCUCAACUUCCAAUGAAAAGCAAAACCACAAGUAUUGUAGGCGUCGUGCUGGGUAUCGUUGGUGCACUCACCGUUGCCCUGGGUAUCUGUUCAGUUUUAAUUUGGCGGAGGCAUCAGCAGCGGUCGAUGGACAGGCCUGCAGAUUCCUCGGACUCUUUUCUGAGAAUGUUUAGUUACAAGGAGUUGAAAAUUGCAACAAGGAAUUUCAGGUCUAAGUUGGGGAGCGGAGGAUCCGGCUCAGUGUUCAAAGGAUCUCUACAAGACGGUACGCUUGUGGCCGUUAAAAAAAUGCAGGGGUCAAGACAAGAUGAGAAACAAUUUUGGGCGGAAAUCAGUUCUCUGGGAAACAUACAACAUGUGAAUUUGGUCAGGCUGCGAGGGUUUUGUGCACAAGGAUCAAAACGGUUACUGAUUUAUGAUUACAUGCCCAACGGAUCUCUCAAUUCCCUCCUGUUCACAAGUAAUUCCACGAGUAAGAAAAAGGUACUCGACUGGAAGACCCGAUUUGAGAUUGCAUUAGGCACCGCCAGAGGAUUACUCUACCUCCACGAGGAAUGCAGAGGUUGCAUCAUUCACAGCGAUGUGAAGCCCGAAAACAUUCUGCUGGACGGUGAUUUAUCACCGAAGUUGGCCGACUUUGGGUUGGCAAAGCUUAUGGGUAGAGAUUUAAGCCGCGUUCUAACCACUACAAGAGGAACGAGAGGUUACUUGGCUCCAGAAUGGAUCUCUGGUCUUCCCAUCACUCCCAAAGUUGAUGUCUACAGUUUUGGUAUGACACUCUUGGAAAUCAUUUCUGGGCGAAGAAAUCUAGACUUAACCGUGCAAGAUUCAAGUUUGUAUUAUUUUCCCUCGUUUGCUGCAACUCAAAUUCAACAGGGGAAGACGAUUAAUAUUGUGGAGGAGGGUAUUGCAGAGGCGGCAGACAUGGAAGAGGUGGGAAGAUCAUGUGUUGUAGCAUUGUUAUGCAUUCAAGAGGAUGACGAAGUGAGGCCCAGUAUGAGACAAGUGGUGCAAAUGCUGGAAGGGAAGAUGGAGCCUCGAACUCCACAUGUUCCAAGCUCUCCUCUGACGGACAACGAUGGAGACCAAAGCAAUAGUAACAGCUAUAGUGACUGAAAUGUUACUAGUUAGAAUAAUG